ACGUGAUGACGUAAUAGAUAUUUAUAUUAUAAACUUGUUUACCUUUUUCUACUGAUUUUCUGUGAUUUUGUUUGAUUGCUGAAAUGCUGAAUGGUUUAUGGGAAUUUCAUGGGAAUGCAUAACAUUUCCAAUUCUAGGAAUUUAGUAAACAAUACUAAUUAAAAAUCUCUAAAGUUUUUAUUUACUUUUUAUAAAUACAUAAAAUGAUUUUAAAAGUUCUAUAUUUUUUUAAGUUACUUUUUGCUGCUUUUAGUUUUAUUUGUCUGUUUUAUUCUGUUAUGGAAUUUACAUACUUUAUAUCAUUUCCUAAAGAAGAAACUGGAAAAACGCAUGAAGAAAUAUGGUUUGAGGGAUCGUGGGUCUUAUUAAAGGAUAUGGCAUUAUUGGUUCUUUUCAUAGUACAACAUUCAGCAAUGGCUUCAGAGCGUUUUAAAAGCUGUCUUAGUAAGUUUAAACUGGAUGAUAUGUCACGAUGCAUAUAUACAACUGCCACCGCAGCAUCUCUUUUAUUUAUCAUGAAAUCUUGGUUGACCUCUACAAUAGUGCUAUGGCAUUUAAAUUUGUCUUAUAAACCUCUAUCAUGGAUUUACUUUGGAGUUCACUCUGUAGCUUGGAUUAUUAUUUAUGUGGCAAACAUAUGUACUGAUGUUACAGAAUUACUGGGUUUGAAACAGAUAUAUUAUAGUAUCAUUAAUCUUCCUGAGCCAAAUCAAAGAAAAUCUCAUCGGCUACGGAAACUUACAUCCCACAUGAGACAUCCCAGCUUUUUAGGCUUUUUAAUGGUGUUCUGGUUUUAUCCUACCAUGACUUUGGAUCGACUACUGCUAGGAACAAUCCUAACUUUGUAUAUGUAUAUUGCAUGGAAUACGGAUGGUGAAGAUUAUAAUUAUCAAAAAUAUAUGUAUCAGAGAAAAUAUCAUGAAUUGGAGCGACUUCAUACAUAUUAAUAUACUUUCUUUCAAAUACUGAUAAAUAGUAUUGACCUGCCUUUUACAUUUACAUAUUUAAAAUAAUUAAAA